AUGGACUUCUCGAAUUUCAAAAAACCUGUGCUUAUGACUGAAUACGUUAAGUGCAUUUCCACAAAAGUAGUUACGACUACAAAGACUGAAGUUGUAUUAAUUAACAAUAACAAUAAUACGUCGAAAAAGCGAAAACGAACGGAUGGAAGGGAGUCGCCAAUACUUACCGAGUCAGACGAUCAUAGCAGUGAUAAACCUAGAGUUAAAUAUGGAGAAUUAGUUAUAUUAGGCUAUAAUGGUUUCUUACCGCAAGGUGAUCGAGGGCGACGACGUUCCAAAUUCAUAUUGUACAAACGAAAUCAGUAUAAUGGUGUCAAGCGUUCAAAACAUUACAUAGUACAAUCACCGGAGACAACACACGCGAUUUUAGAUACGAAUCAACAUUCAAUCUCUUAUACAUUAUCAAGAAAUCAAGCAGUGAUAGUUGAAUAUCAAGAAGAUGAAAAUACUGAUAUGUUUCAGGUUGGACGAUCAUCAGAAUCUCCUAUAGACUUUGUUGUUAUGGACACAUUGCCUGGUGAUAAGAAAGAUUCAAAAGUAAUGCAAAGUACAAUAUCUCGCUUUGCAUGUCGAAUUAUAGUCGAACGUAGUGAAUCACAUCGAGCACGAAUUUAUGCUGCUGGAUUUGAUUCGAGUCGAAAUAUAUUUUUAGGGGAAAAGGCUACAAAAUGGCAGGACAAUGUAGAAAUGGAUGGCCUUACAACAAAUGGCGUUCUCAUAAUGCACCCAAAAGGUAAAUUUUGUGGUGGUAACGCGAAAUGUGGUUUAUGGCGAGAGACAUCAUUAGGUGGCGAUGUUUUUAGUUUACGUGAAUCCAGAUCGGCGCAGCAAAAAGGUCAACCGAUUAAAGAGGAGUCAAAUAUUUUACAAGAUGGAACAUUAAUUGAUUUAUGUGGAGCGACAUUAUUGUGGCGAUCGGCGGAGGGCUUACAAAAUUCACCGACGAAACGUGAUUUAGAGAAAUUGGUGGAUGAAAUUAAUGCUGGACGUCCACAGUGUCCUGUUGGUCUCAAUACAUUAGUAAUUCCUCGAAAAGUGACUCUCGGUGAACACGUAAAUCAACCAUAUGUUUAUCUCAAUUGCGGUCACGUUCAAGGUCACCAUGAUUGGGGACAAGAUAAAACUGGAGCUCGACGAUGUCCCAUGUGCCUCGAAUUAGGUCCAGUUGUACAUUUGUGUAUGGGAAUAGAGCCAGCAUUUUAUGUUGAUUCAGGCCUGCCGUCGUAUGCAUUCAAUCCUUGUGGCCAUAUGGCUACGGAAAAAACUGUAAAAUACUGGGCGAAUGUUGAUAUUCCACAUGGAACUAAUGGCUUUCAAGCAGUCUGUCCAUUUUGCGCGACGCCUUUAAACGGUUCACCGGGAUAUGUAAAGCUCAUAUUUCAAGAUAAUUUGGAUUAAUCUAGGCAUUUCGAGUACGCAAGUCGUAAUAGAAAGUUGAGUUAUCAGGAUGAUCCCCCAAGUUUUAGAUUAAUUCACCGUGUUAAUGGAAAAAUGAAAUGAUUUAUGUUAAAAUAUAUUUAAUUAACAAUCUCAAUUUUGAAUCGCAACAAUAGUUUACAUUUUGUAUUAUGAAUUAUUAAUUAGUACAUUUUUGAUUCAUUAAUGAGACCACGUGUUAACGUAAUUAUUAUUGAUUUAUAUAAGUUUCAAAUUGCUUUAUUCUCUUCUCUUUUUUAUACACAAUCAAAAUGUAUGAAAGCUUUUGCUUUAAAAAGUGCAUUAAUUCGCCUGUAUAUUCACUUUUAAACAUAUGCGUGUUUAAAGACCAUUUUUUUUCGUUAUUCUACCUACAUCAAAUUUUAUCCAUGUUAUGGUCAGUAAUGGAACUCAUUGAUUGCAGCUUUUGCGUGAAAUACACAUAUUUACCGACAAUUUCAAUGUAAUUGUGCAAUUUAUUUAAGAGAGGCGCUUCAUGUUACUGUAGUACGGAAAACAUGAGGACAUCACUUUGGUCUGAACUGUCAAAAAUUCAAAUAUUAAUGAUUUGAAAAUUUUGAUCAAACAUGGUUCAAAAAUUUGAAUUUUUGAAAACUGUUAAAAUUUGAAUUUUCCAAAACCGUUAGCUAAAUUUACACAAAAAUUAAAUUAUUUAAAGAUUUCAAGCCACUGAUC